UUUUUUUUUAUGUUGAAGACUGCUCUCUGUCGAGCCAGCGUACAUAAUGAAUGCGUUCUCCAAGAUAAAGGACCAGCUGGAGGAGUCGUUGAAGGAUUUAGAUGAAGCCAGGGUGCAGGCGUCCCAUAUGAAACACAAAUUCGGCAAGUUUUUCAACGUGAUCAAUCCGAACCACCGCCAUGACGAGGCCCACGAACAGGCAACGGACGACAAGCGAAGCGCCAUUGCUGAGUCCCAUCGCUUCAAUUCGUUUGCUCCGAUUCACGAAGGUAACAGGGUGAAGUGGUAUGUUGAUGGGUUGGACUAUCUGUGGGCGGUGUCUGUGGCAUUAGAGAACGCCAAAGAGACGAUCUACAUUGCCGACUGGUGGCUGUCACCAGAGCUGUUUUUACGACGCCCACCGUUUUUCAAUCAGGAAUGGCGACUCGAUCAGGUGCUCAAGCGCCGGGCAGAAGCCGGUGUCAAGAUCUAUGUCAUCGUGUACAAGGAGGUAAACCAAGCGCUUACAUGCAAUUCGGCUCAUACCAAGCAUGCCUUAACCAACCUCUGUCCGGAAGGGACCCCUGGAUAUGGUAACAUACGAGUGCUGCGCCAUCCUGACCAUAAUAUCUUUGAAAAUGCAGCGGAUAUGACGUUCUACUGGGCACAUCAUGAGAAAUUUAUCGUGAUCGAUUAUGCUCUCGCUUUUAUUGGUGGCAUCGAUCUGUGCUUUGGUAGAUGGGACGCCAAUCAGCAUCCCUUGGCUGACGUUCACCCUUUGAAUAUCCAAGGAGACAUCUUUCCCGGGCAAGAAUUUAACAACAAUCGAAUCAUGGAUUUUCAAAGUGUUCAUCAGUGGCAGCAAAAUGAAUUGAGCAAAGCGGACUACGGCCGGAUGCCAUGGCACGACGUCGCCAUGGGUCUCAUGGGGGAUUGCGUAUAUGAUAUCGCAGAACAUUUUGUCCUGAGAUGGAAUCUUGUCAAACGAGACAAGCACAAGCGAUCCCAUGAAGUGGACUGGCUCAUGCUCGAGGGUCGCUUGGGUGAUGAUGAGGACCUGGUUGGCGUCCAGCGUCCGAAACACCCAUGUGGCGAUUAUAUCCAGCACCCGCUUUCUCCCUUGAGCACCAAACCUACCGGUAUCCAAGGGUCGGUGAAAGCACAGAUAGUCCGCAGUAGCUCUGAUUGGAGCAGCGGCAUUCUAGUCGAGCAUAGCAUUCUGAAUGCUUAUUGUGAGGUGAUCCGAAACGCUAAGCAUUACGUCUACAUCGAGAACCAGUUUUUCAUCACUGCUACGGGGGAUCAGCAAUCCCCCAUUCAUAAUACGAUUGGAGGCGCUAUUGCCGAGGCCUGUGUUAAAGCGGGUAAGGAAGGCCGGAAAUUCAGGGUCAUAAUCGUGAUCCCGGCAAUCCCAGGAUUUGCGGGAGACUUGAGAGAUUCUGCUGCUACCGGCACUCGUGCAAUAAUGGACUAUCAAUACAAGUCAAUUUUGCGCGGUGAGAACUCAAUCAUGGGUCAAAUCGCAGCGCAAGGAGUGAACCCAAGAGACCAUAUCUUCUUUUUCAAUCUCCGUGCUUUCGAUCGAAUCAACAGGACCCCAGAUUUGCUUGAGCAAGAGAAUUCAUCGGGGGUGAAAUACCAGGAUAUCCAGCGAGGAAUCGCAGAGUCCAUCAUGACUGAGAGUAUCCAUCCUUCUAUAGGCGAUGAGGGUGACAAGAAUGAAAAGAGCUACGAUGAUGGGGACCAAGAGAAACAGCGGCACGUUGACCAGAUGCGAAAAUUUGAAGCAUACCGCGAAGAGAGAGCCGUGGAUGUCGUCACCAGCAAAGACAGCGUUGCGCAUACUACAAUGCUGAAUGGUGGCAAAUUGUCAGAUGAGCCUUGGGAAGGCGAUUUAGAGAACGAGAAGGAGAACUUCGUUCAAGAGGAACUCUACGUUCAUAGCAAGGUGUGCAUUGUGGAUGACAGAAUCGUCAUCUGUGGGAGUGCCAAUAUUAAUGACAGGUCUCAACUCGGUUACCAUGACAGCGAACUUGCUAUUGUCAUGGAGGAUCAGGAUCUCAUUGACAGCACUAUGGAAGGCAAGCCGUACAAGGCGGGCCGGCAUGCGGCCACCUUGCGACGACAGCUGUGGAGGGAGCAUCUUGGCCUGUUGCCUGCUCAAGAUCUCGACGCUACGCAUUCUCCCAAUGCGCAGCCUCCGGACGUAUGUCUGAACGAAGUGCUGGAGGGACCCGAAGACGCCUUCGUUGCUGACCCCCUUGGUGAUGACCUCUGGAACACCUGGACCAGCCAAGCGACCACCAACACAGAGAUCUUCCGUUUCUUGUUCCGAGCGGACCCAGAUGAUGGGAUCAAAACGUUUGCAGACUACGAAAGCUUUCGGCCCCGUGGUGUUAAGAACAAGCAGGGCCAUUUAUUCGACCCAUUCCUCCCAUCCAAUAUUGUUAGAGAAAAGCUCGACCUGAUCAAAGGCCAUCUAGUCUGGAUGCCUCUUGAGUUUCUAAAAGAUGCCGAGAUGGCGGAGCCGGGCUUAUCAGUGAACCAAUUUACAGAGGCAGGUUUCCCCUUCACCCAGUUUCGUUGAGCAUAUCACUAACUGAUGGUAGAGCAUUUAUACAUGAGGUUAUGCUUCGAGAUAAUUUUGGAUACCUUGCACAUUUCCCCUCGAAUUCAACUCAGCCAUUCCAUCAUCCUAGAAUAUAAUAUAUACUCUCCAAAGUUCAGACAUUUCAACUCUUUCUCAUUGGAAAACAUGAUAUCUCCCCUUGCAUGAUU